AUGAACGAGACAGACAGAAACAGGACACGGAUAGUUUUCAGAAUAAGACUUUGUUUUGACUCUCACCUCAGAAUGAUGCACGUCCGCUUCAUCCUUCUGUCUAUUCUGAUCGUGGUGAUGGCUGUGCAGAUCUGUGAGGCCAAAACCACACGAGGACUUAAAGCUGACAACACUAAGAAGCCUCCCAGAGCAGGGCCACCUGGAGGCUUCAGGAGGACCACUACCACGACACCGUCCAGUCACACUGAUGAGACCACUGAUGUGAUGACCGACUCAUACACACUGUCUGCCACUGACAGUACAACAUACCAGAGCGAGCUGUACCCCACAGGAUACCUCAGCGAUGCCAUCGUCCCUCCUGGGAAUGCUCUGGGAAACUACACCCUGGACUACAACGAAUGUUUCUUCAACUUCUGCGAGUGCUGUCCACCUGAGAAAGGUCCUGUGGGGCCCCAAGGAGAUCCUGGACUGCCAGGGCCUCCAGGGCAGCCAGGCCCUCCAGGAUUACCAGGAGAGAAGGGGGAGGCAGGGCUCAGAGGGGCGUCUGGCCCUGCAGGACUUCCUGGAGCCAAUGGACUCAAUGGCGACAUAGGUGAAAAAGGUGACCAGGGACCCAUGGGCCCACCUGGCCCCCCAGGGCUUUCAGGAAAACAGGGAGACAAAGGUGACCCUGGCUCCAGAGGAGAGAAAGGUGAACGUGGUGCCAUCGGUUUGAAAGGAGACCCGGGGGAUAGAGGUGAACCAGGUCUGAAUGGGACUAAAGGCUCCGUGGGGCCAGCAGGGCCCAUGGGUGCUCCUGGACUGGCAGGCGCACCAGGCCUUAAAGGCGAGCAGGGAUCUAAAGGAGAAUGUUUGACAACUGACAAGGGUCCAAAAGGGGAAUUAGGUGCCCCCGGCCCGCCUGGACCCAGAGGUGAGGUAGGGCUGAAUGGGACUGAUGGUCUGCAGGGAGAUAAAGGAGAGCCCGGGCCUCCUGGACCAAGGGGAGACACAGGGGCCAGAGGCCCUCCAGGCCCUCCUGGGGGACGAGGUAUGCCUGGGCAGAGGGGGGAGAGGGGAGUCAAAGGUAUCAGAGGCCCACGGGGUCCUAAAGGACCUCCUGGAGAGAGCGUGGAACAGGUCCGCUCUGCUUUUAGCGUUGGCCUGUUCCCCAGUAGGUCGUUUCCUCCCCCUGGACUCCCUGUGAAGUUUGAUAAGGUCUUCUACAAUGCAGAGGGCCACUGGGACCCAAACCUUAACAAGUUCAACGUCAGCCACCCUGGGGUCUACCUUUUCACAUACCACAUAACAGUCAGGAACAGACCUGUUCGGGCCGCCCUGGUGGUCAACGGGGUAAGGAAGCUGAGAACGCGGGACUCUCUUUAUGGCCAAGAUAUCGACCAGGCCUCUAAUCUGGUCCUGCUGCAGCUGAGCGAGGGGGACCAGGUCUGGCUCGAGACGCUGAGAGACUGGAAUGGAAUCUACUCCAGCAGUGAAGACGACAGUACUUUCUCUGGCUUCCUGCUGUACCCCGACUCCAAGGACAAGUCAAUAGCUUUAGAAAACCUUUGA